AUGCUUAAAGCCGGUCGUCUUGACCGCAAAUACACCGGUAUCGUCGACUGCUUCAGCAGAACCAUGAAGAGCGAGGGUGUUAUGGCUCUGUGGAGAGGUAACACUGCCAACGUUAUCCGAUACUUCCCUACCCAGGCGCUCAACUUCGCCUUCCGUGAUACCUACAAGUCGAUGUUCGCCUUCAAGAAGGAGCGCGAUGGAUACUGGAAGUGGAUGGCCGGUAACUUGGCCUCGGGUGGUGCUGCUGGUGCCACUUCCCUCCUCUUCGUCUACUCCCUCGAUUAUGCUCGUACCCGUCUUGCCAACGAUGCCAAGUCUGCUUCCAAGGGUGGUGAGCGUCAAUUCAACGGUCUCGUCGAUGUCUACCGCAAGACCCUGGCUUCCGAUGGUAUUGCCGGUCUUUACCGUGGUUUCGGUCCUUCGGUCCUUGGUAUAAUCGUCUACCGUGGUCUGUACUUCGGCAUGUACGACUCUAUCAAGCCUGUUCUCUUGGUCGGUCCUCUUGAGGGUAACUUCUUGGCCUCUUUCUUGCUCGGCUGGGGUGUCACCACUGGUGCCGGUAUCGCUUCCUACCCUCUUGAUACCAUCCGUCGUCGCAUGAUGAUGACGUCCGGCGAGGCUGUCAAAUACAAGAGCUCUUUCGAUGCUGCCCAGAAGAUCAUGGCUGCUGAGGGUGUCCGGUCCUUCUUCAAGGGUGCUGGUGCCAACAUUCUCCGUGGUGUCGCUGGUGCCGGUGUGCUCUCCAUCUACGACCGUAUGUUUCAACCCGCUCUCAUCGAUGCAUCUCUUGUGCUAACAAAUUUUGCAGAGGUCCAACUUCUCAUGUUCGGCAAGAAGUUCAAGGGCGGUUCUGGCUAA